UAUAUCUACUUGAAAUUAUUGAAAGAUGAUUUUUUCAUUAAAUCAGUUAGUUCACUGGCUAGGUUUAACGAUUUUUGAAAUAUGGAUAAAUUUAGUAUCUCUGACUAUUUUUACAAUAUUGCUAGCAUUAAAACUCGAUGAACAUUACUUCUUAGGCAGCUCUGGCUGGUGGGUUGUAUUUUCACCACUAUUUGUUGCGGAUGGUCUGAAUACAUAUUUCUGUACGAUAAUAUUCAUAAGAAUGCGGAUGGAAGGAAUGAUGAAACCAUCGAUACUACGAACACUGUGGAGUUUAAUAUUCUUGCUCCUCAUCUUUGUCUUUAAGUACCUAUUAUGUAAAAAGCUAACUGGUCAAAGUAACUUGGAAUACUCCGAAGUGUUGAGCUCUGUGUUUAUACUUCUACAACUUAUCGCCGUCAGAGCUUGCCAGCUUCACUGACCCAGAAGAAAUAGUUUAAGGAGUGUACCUGAAUGUACAGUCAUACUACCACCUCAAGCUCUAGGGAUAUACAUAGGUAGUGAAUUCCUGUAUAAUGUCUGAUGAAUAGUUGUAUCAUAUAAUGUACAAACUCUGUACAUAUAACUUUUUACCAAGCUUGCCAGAGAGUAUUGAAAUAAUUUUCUUUCAAGCGCUUUUGUACAUGGAACACCAAACAUUUAUUGCGCUUAUUUAGGCUAUAUUUCAUUGCGUAAUACUUAAUCUGUAACCUUAAAUAUUUGUAUAUAGACACAUGGUAAAAUAUAUCAAAGAAAGUUACACAAAUAAGAUAUUACUAAUUCAUA